CGACGACUCGAAACCGCAGAAGCUCCCAGAGGUCAACAGCCUCGUUGUCGCGGCCGCAGUUCGUCCAAUUCAUUUCCCUUUUUUUCUCUGUCGCGAGGUUGCUUGUCAAGCUGUGCUUCAAGCUGUGGUUACACCAGCAGACGACCACCCCAUUACUUCGUACAACUGCCGCCUACGCUACCGAUUAGCCCCUUUGCCCCGGAAGCGUGCCACGAACUCAAGGAACAACAACGCGCAAAGCGGUUUACUUUCCUUCUUUCUCCCGCGCGAUUGACCGCCGUGUCCGACAGAAGACGACCAUCCACGGAACGCGAGAACGCACGAGUGCGAAAACCGUCUGAAGCAGCUCCCGCAAGCAACAACCAUGCCGCGGCCGGCCACGACAGGCUACGAACGCCUUGCCCAGGCUGAGGAGUUCAGCGAUGACUCUGAUGACGAUGUGCUGGCCCAGAGCUAUACCUCCCUGCAGCCGCAGUCCGGCCCGCGAUUCGCACCCAUCACUCAGCCCAGAGCCCACUCGGGCAUGACCUCGCCGCGUGCAAACACCAAGUACCGGUCGCGUCCCCCGAGGGGUAGAGCAAACUCGGGUGUCGACCUCAAAGCCAUCAACGCACGCCUGGAAAGAUGGGCGGACGAGAUCGCCUCGAAGUUCAAAAGGGGCAAGGGCAAGACCACACCAGGGGAGGAGCAGCGCCCCGAGAUUGUCUACAGUGUCUUCCACGCGCCCGAAGGGGUCAGGCCUGCGACGUUCGAGAGCCUUGCGGCCAUGCCACCGCCGGCCAUGUCCAAGGCAGAAUUUGAUGAGGUGGUCAAGAGUGUACAGACAGCCAUCGACCAGGGAAUGCACCCGAGCAUGAUCACGCAAGGCAGCAGUGGCAGCUACUUUGCUCGAAACACGGAGGGCAAGAUUGUUGGAGUCUUCAAGCCUAAAGACGAGGAGCCCUACGCAGCGGGCAAUCCCAAAUGGAACAAAUGGAUACAUCGGAAUCUGUUCCCGUGCUUCUUUGGGCGAGCUUGUCUGAUCCCCAACCUGUCGUACGUGAGCGAGGCUGCUGCGUAUACUCUGGAUUGUCAACUUCGCACACAUAUCGUGCCUUACACCGAUGUCAUCCACUUGUCCUCAAAGUCGUUCCACUACCCGUACUGGGACCGGAGGGCGUUUUACAGGAAAAAGAAGCCAUACCCUGCCAAGGCCGGAAGUUUCCAGGUCUUCUUGAAGGGGUUCAAAGACGCAAACGUGUUCUUGCGGGAAAAUCCCUGGCCAGACCAAUACUGGUCCGGGUUCCGGUCCACGGACACGCAUCGGAACAAGCGGCGACGAUGGGCGGACAACUGUCGUCCACGAAGCAGAGCCGCUGGUGAAAGUGCCGACAGUGACGACGAGGACAGCCCUGAACAGCGACCCCUGGGUCCAGACAACUUCAGGUGGACGGAAACCCUCAAGCAGUCGUUCAGAGAAGAGCUUGAGAAGCUCGUCAUCUUGGACUACAUUAUGCGAAACACCGACAGAGGUCUUGACAACUGGAUGGUCAAGGUAGACUGGGAGUCACAGGCAGUCUCAAUCGCGUCCGAGCCUCCGCAGUUCAAUCUGGAAACGACAAACGAAGAGGAAGAGGAGGAGGACGGAGACCGUCCCAAUAGACCUGUAACAGUACCAAACAGAGAUGCAUCACCAAGGGCAGGCGCAUACAGGGCACAAAAGCCUAUGAACGCGACCGGCACAGGAUCCGGCCCGGAGCCAUCGAUACACCUUGGCGCGAUCGACAACUCGCUCUCAUGGCCGUGGAAACACCCUGACGCCUGGCGAAGUUUCCCCUUUGGAUGGUUGUUCCUGCCGGUCGAUCUCAUUGGCCGGCCGUUCUCCCAGAAGACAAGAGACCACUUCCUGCCUUUGCUCACCUCAAGUCAGUGGUGGAGCGAAACGCAGCUCGCCUUGCGCAAGGUAUUCCAGAUGGAUCCGGACUUUGAGGAAAAGAUGUUCUCCCGCCAGAUCGCAGUCAUGAAGGGCCAGGCUUGGAACGUCGUUGAAACCCUGAAGACGCCUGAUCACGGACCCCUCGAGCUGACAAGGCGGGCCAAGGUCUGCGUGUGGGAUGACUUGGUCGAGGUGCCCGUGGCUGUCCCUAUGAGGGUCACCUCUGAAGAGCGCCGCCAGAAGAAUGAGGUGGACCACCGAGCAUCGCACGAAGAAGAGAUUGACAUUGGCGCAGCAAACUCGACUGCUGAACAGAGCACCAGCGCCGACCUGUUGGGCAUGGCUAGUCCCUUGCCGCACCCUGGCCGCUUCGAGCUGACGAGCCCGCGUGCGACAUCGCCGGAAGCGAACGAGGAUUCUCGCGCCACGCCGAACGGCACACGACAGAAUCCCUUCGAGGAUGCGAACGCUGCAGGGCCCCGGCGGUCACGCCCUGGUGCUGAGCAGCAGGUCUCUCGGACGAGCUACCACGGCCCGUCGCGGUCGAGCCUGAACAUGUAUAGUCCCCAAACGGAGCGCAGAUUCUCCUUUGCGACAGGGCGGCGCAGGAACAGCGGCUCCAUUGCGCAGCAUCUAUUCGGCGACUAUGAUGAUGACGACCUUGAGGGCGACCUGGGUUAUGCUGCAGCUGAGGGCAUGGAUGGGAUCCGGAGGAAGGUGAUUGUGGAGCGCCUCGAGACGGUCAAGGCAAGAAAUCCAGUUUUCACUUGGUGCUAGACCCUGGACGCAUACGUAUAGACAUGUGAGAAUAAUUGUCGCACGAUUGCACAGGGAAAAGGUAACACAAUACAGGCCAAAUUACAAGCAAACAAUAGAGCGUUGAACCAUAUACUGAGUCGUAGCACGCUACCUGUCGACGGUGUGUGGCGAUCCACGGUACGUUUGGCUACUGAAACGGACUCAGCAGCAUAAGGGGUACGUGAACGAUGACAUAUGGCGCGUAUACACGUAUGCCUCCACUUUCCAACCUACUCAGUAGAUACUGCCAAAAUAACCUGCAAAGCCAUGCAGUGAUGUGUUGUCCUUGCAGCAAGCAUUGCGACGCCUUGGUUGC